GAGCUCUAAAUAUUAACCAGUUCAGUUCUCACAUGUCUCAUGUUCUCUAGCUCUAGCUCUGUUAUACUAGAUAUAGAUCUAUAGUUCUAUGCUGUGCUGGUCUUUUCAAGCUGUGUCCACCAAGCUACCCAUUAUGUAAUGGAUGCUCCUAUUGAACCAUCACCUCGUAGUCGUCCAUUCUCUACUGCAGCAGACAGACACCAUUACAUGUGGAGGGGGGAUGGUCCAGGACUGAGAGGGUCUAACAUCAUUGCUGUGUAUGAUCCAAGCACUGAGCUGUGGAGCCUCUUGCCCACCACUGGACCUCUACCCCCUGGAGAGCGAGGUGGUUGCUCUGUUUGUGUAGGUCGUUGCCUGUAUACCUUUGGUGGUCAUGAUGGGUCUUCUUACGCCAAUGACAUGAGCAAGCUUGAUCUGGACACUCUCCAGUGGACCAAACUUCAAUCUUUUGGUAGCCAGCCUAUUAAAAAGAGUGGUUGUGGACUUGUCCGUGUGAACGAGAGAACUCUGUGUUGCAUUGGAGGAUACGGUAUUGAGGGCACCACACAACCAGGAUCAACAUUCACCAGACGCACUGAUGGACGUGGAUGGACAAAUGAGUUCCAAUUUUUCAAUGUUGAAAAUGGUGUCUGGUCGUCUCCUGAGCUCGGAGGAGAGAGACCUCCUCCCUGUAGUGGCUUCACCUUCACUAUGGUGGACCAGCACAGGGCAGUCCUCUUUGGAGGGUUCCAACCUGGCUGUGGUGGUAACGUCAAUGAUGUCUACCUUUUCAAUUUCAGGGACAUGGAGGUCACUAAGGUGAAGCCAGUACAGGGAGAGCCAUGGCCAGUGGGGAGGUCAGGCCAUGCUGCUUGUUGUCUCAACUAUGGCCAGGACCACCCUCAACUAUUGAUGUAUGGAGGAAGAGAUAAUGACAACAAGGUACUAGGGGACAUGUGGAUACUGGACGCUGACACUGGCAAGUGUACAGAGGUGACACCUUCUGAGUCAAUGACACCACGUUAUAAGCAUUCCAUCACUGCCACCAAUCUGGGACCUGGACUCACUGAGGUCCUCGUGUUUGGAGGCCGUCGGGAGAGGAGGGGAAAUGAGACAACUAUACUGAGAUUUGCUACAGAGUUGACUGGACCCUCGGCUCGGAUGUGGGCUCUUGUGGAUGUGGCCCACAACGACACUAGAGGUUCCGCACAGCGACUGAGUGAGAAGAGGAUCAGACAAGCAACUGCUCGUGCCUCAUCAGUCAGUGAGACCAGCGACCACUCCUCUCAAGACCGGAUUAGAGUUCUGGAACAACAGUUACGAGCAGCAGAGCAGAGAGAGCACGACACUCAACGUCACCACCGAGUACAGUUGGAAGAAAAGGAUCAAGAAUUAGCUAUUAAAGAUCUUGAAUUGGCUACACAAGCUAGAGAAUUGGCCACGAAUAAACGAGAAUCAUAUGAUGCCAACCAUCACCAUGCAGAUGCCGAGAGGAGAGUCCAAGAGCUGAUUGCUGAAAUGGAACGACUUCAAGAAAGCCUCCAAGAUCUUACUGCUGAAAAUGGGAGGUUGAACAGGAGAGCCCAGCUGGCAGAGGAGCGAGCAGAGGGUCUGGAGACUCAGUGGGUGGUCCAUCGCGGGAUGAUCCAAAUGACAGAGAGACAGCUCGGUGGGGGAGGAUGGGGGGUCGUCAAAGUGGCCAAGUUCCGAGGAAUCGAGGUGGCAGCCAAGACACUGUACGAGCAGCUCACUUCCGUCUAUUAUCGACGCAUGUUUAUUCGUGAGAUGAACAUGGCGGCUCGUCUGCGACACCCACACCUGGUCCAGUUCAUAGGAGCCACGCUGGAGGAGGAGAUGAUCAUCCUGACAGAGCUCAUGGCCACCAGUCUGAGAAGGGUGCUGGAGGGAGGUCGUAUCUCACGUGAACACAUCCUCUCCAUCUCUGUGCAGGUCUGUCAAGCCCUCAACUAUCUCCACCUCAUGCAGCCAGACCCAGUGAUCCAUCGUGACAUCAGCAGUGCAAACGUCCUCCUCAACCCUCUACCCGACGGUCGCUGGAGUGCAAAGGUCACUGAUUACGGAUCGGUGAACACCCUGCGGAUGUUGAACACUGUCAAUCCAGGGAGUCCUGUAUACGCUGCCCCUGAGGCCAGUAACCCGUCGCUCCAGUCAACCAAGAUGGACAUGUUCAGUCUGGGGGUGCUCCUGAUCGAGAUAUGUUCUGGCCAGUUUCCGAGCCAGGAAGAACGCGAGAGCUUAUUCCUCACCAUCCAAGACCGUCAGUUCUCUGACAUUAUCAGUCGUUGUAUCGAUAGAGAAAGAGACAAUCGACCAACCGCUCGACAACUGUUGAAUGAACUACAGUAGAACUGCACUAGAUAGAUAGUUUUGUUCAUCUACUAAAUUGGACGUUAUUAUGUGUUCGUUGUUAAUGUUGUAAUGUUUAUUGUAAGGCAUUAUUGAUUGAUUUGAGAAGAGACAACUG